AUGAACGAUACCGAUACCACAGAUGUGUCCCCAAUGACACCACAAAUCGAAUUACCAAAUAUUCCUGAGAUGUCGGAUCUUCGAAUCCAUACCGAAAGGGAGGAAGAAACUGCUUUCAUUCAAUCAGAUCCACCCCCAUCACUGAAUACAAUACCAUUGGAAUUGGAAUCCAUUCUUGGCGAAGAUGAGGGGUACAUAUUCGAAGAUGAGAAGUAUGACCUCCAUCCUGCUGUCCUCCAGGUCUGUCAACAAAACUAUGAAGAGGGAUGCGAUAUCUUGUAUGCUCAGCAAUUUAUCGUCUGCUUCAACACAUACCUAAUAAAGGAUUGUUAUCCAAGAUCUCCUUUGUUCAGGAGGAAUAUUAGGUUUCAACAUUCCCGUUGUCAUGAAUACAACACAUCAUUCAAAAAUGUUCGGCGAUGGAAGAUUAUCGUCAGCUCCUACAACAAUAUUGGUUGGAUAGAAACGCCAAGUUGGGGAUUAAAUGCGUUUGAAUAUUUCUGUGACCGUUUAUCCAGCGUUGCUAUCACAGGUCUUGAGAUCAUUCUCUGCGACCCUAAUUCGGAAUCCAAGCGGCGACCUAUAAAGCCACGGGAAAUUCUAAGACCUCUGACGAUCUUGCGAAACCGGUUCAACUAUAGUACCAGCGACUCAUCAGAAGUUUCUCAACGUAAAUCGAAUAUGCCAAAACCAAGAAUGUACAAGAAGUUAAAGCAUUUGGUGGAAGGCAAUAGACCAGUCGAGCGAUUAUCUGAAAUGCACAGCCGCCUGGUCAGGUUUACACGAUCCUUCGAGAACUUUGCUCCAUGGAAGCUAGAGAUGGCCGCUGAUGCAGAAGAGGUAGAUCCAUCUCUCAGCAAUCCGCGCCACUUUAACCACUGGCCUUCUCCUUACACUGGAGUGACUCAUACAAGCUUUCUUGAGAAAACUUUAAGAGAAGCAUACACUGCCUCGCAGUAUUUUGACAGUGCGAAGUUCAAGUCACUUAGAGCCGGCAUCGUACAUCACCUCCAUCCUCAAUACGAUCGUAUCCUCAAUGCUUCUCGACUCUUGGUAGAGGCCAUCAAGGAAAGGAAGAUCAAAUUCGAGGCUCUAGAUCCGGUUUCCGCAAACAUACGAGUCACGAGACGCCAUGACUGGGAAGAGAUUGCUGAACUGGCAGUUCUAGUUGAGGAGGAGAUUUCGACUCAUGAAAAGAAAGCUAGAAAAUUGCAGGUGGAUUACCCUAGAGCAAUGAUGCUUCAAAGACUUGGAAGAAUUCUCGAGGACAAAAGAUCCGAUCUAUUCUUUGCUGCUUUUCAAGACUUGCUUCAUGAUCUGGAGGGUCAAUUUCUAGAAAUUCGACAGGCUUGGGAAGACCUAUUCAAGGGUGACACGCAUCAGAAGACUAUGUGCGACAUACUGUAUGAUAGCAGGUGCUUAGAAGGUGUGAUCGACUUAACGGUUCGGGAGCCGGACAUGCGGGUGCCAAGGAAAGAGUAUGCAGAAUGGGGUGCUGGCUCGUCUUGGGGGUGA